AUGAUUUACACUUUUGGCCCAAGUGGGUCGAUUCAAAUCUAUUUGACGUUGUUGGUGAAUGGAACGAGUAUCAAGGUAAGCUAUGUGCCGAAUAGUGCCACAAUGUUAUUAGUCUUUUGCACGAUUCGAAUGUACGCUGUAUCGUUCACUGUGAUCGCCAUUUUCCCGAUCUUUCUGGAACGCUGCUUCGCUACACUAUUUGUGCAAGACUACGAGAAAGAAAAACGAACAUAUAUCUUUUUCGGAAUCAUUUUAUUUCUCAUGCUCUUUUGCUCAAUUUGCCCGUUUGUGAUUUUAAUUGGAAUAGCUAUGGAAAGGACGACAACUCUUUACAUAGUAACUCCGUGUUAUAUGAUUGCUCAUAUCACUCAUCAUCUUGCUCAUCAACUCCUGAAGAAGUACAAUCAGCAAAUCGUCGCGCAAAUCUCCGAGCAUCCACUCGAGGGACGACAGUACACACUAGCGACGAGAUUUCAACUCAAAGAGAACUUGAGAGCCCUGGAUCUUCUUCACCGAAUGUUAUCCGUCUCGACAAUUGUCAAUGUUUAUUAUGGCACUUUCAUUGUAAUCACAUUCACCUUUUUCGACUCCGAAGCUCCUGGAGCGCAGAUUCUGAUGGCGAUGAUUGAGCUGAUGCUUGCUUGG